AUGACCAAUGACCUUACCAUUGUGCAAUACAUGGAGUUUGUUGAGUUUAUGAUUGAUCAGCUACUAGAUAAUGACUCUGAUGAAGACUCUGAUAAGGAAUCAGAGAUCAGUGCUCAUAGCAGCUCAGAUAUCAGUAUAUGGACUGCAUUGCCAACAUGGCCAGACUCCCCAGUGUCCCCUACAUCGUCCAUCACAUCUGCCUUUUCGAUCAGCUCUCUGUCAUCGCUCUUGACAGCAUACUCUGAUGUUCUGUUGAGUGGUAUCCCAGACAUGUGUGAUCGGGUCUUUAUGCAGUUUGUUGAUGUAAUUGGGGCACUGCAUGAUGAGGUGGAGAAGUGUUGGGUGCUUAAUGUCCGUCUGUCUCUGAGCUGUGCACCCCAGCUACACUUGCUGCAAGAGUGGGCACUAUUAUUGCCUCAAAAGUUUCGCUGCAAGCUCUGUGUUGAUGCAGAUGUGUUUGAUGAAGUUAUGACAUUAAUUCAACCACACCCUAUCUUCUAUAACAAAUUGAAUAACCCACAACUCCCUGUCACAGUCCAGCUUGCCAUUUUUCUCAAUGGCAUUGACCAUUAUGACAAUGCCGCAACUACUGAAGAUAUAUCCGACUGGGUGGGAGUGUCUGUGGGGACCAUCUACAACUGCUACAAACAGGUGAUGAUCGUGAUAUUGCAAUUGCACGAUCAGGCCAUUAAUUUUGAUCCGCUCGACCAUGAGGAUCAGAUCAAGUGA